CUCGGUUUUUGGGGCGUGAGCGUGCUUUGAGGACGCAAGGGGGCUGAGCAUUACUCUUUGACUCCAAACGACUAGCGUUCGAAAGCCGCACCGAGCUUCGGCAGCCGUGCACGCCCGGGGAGUCCCAAAAGCCUCACAGCCUCUCCUCCGCAGCGGGAGACGCCAUCGACGCGCCAAGCCAUGGCCGCCCUCGAGGAGGCCUUCGGAGAAGUCAUACAACGGCAAAUCACCGACGACGCCUCCUUCACCAAAUGGAAGGCGUCGGCCGCGCGGCGCGAGGUCGUCGCCUUCGUGACGCGUUUAAAUAACUCCUGCGUCAACAAGCCGAAUCUUAGUAUAGACGCGGCCCCUUUGCAAAUAAGGAAGCUCAUGGACGCACUACGAGCAAUAGCGAAGGGCUGCGACCAGUACCUCCCGACGCCGGGCGAGGCCCGACGGUACGGCAGCCCCAUGUUCCGCGACUGGCACGCCUGGCUCGUCACAACCGCACCGGGGCUCCUAGCAUCCCUAGGUUCCGACAGCGCCGAGCUUGCUGCGCGUUUAGCGGCUUCAUUUGGCGAUAGAACGAGAAUCGACUACGGUACGGGCCACGAGGCCGCCUUCGUCGUGUUUUUACUUGGUUGCUUUAAACUCCAACUCAUCAAUGACGACGCUAUCGAUAGCGGUGCCGUCGUCUGCGGCUGUUUCGCGGAAUACGUAAGGACGUGUAGAGUCGUCCAACGGUGUUUUGGCUUGGAGCCGGCCGGGAGCAAGGGCGUCUGGGCGCUGGACGACUACCAGUUGCUACCUUUUUUAUUUGGCUGUUCGCAGUUGGCAGACGAAGAGCACGGGUUCGGCGACGAAGAUACCGGUCUACUGACAGUAAACGCGGUUGCAUUGUCCCAGCGAAGCAUGUUCUACGAGUGCCUGGCGUUUGUGGAUGAACAGACGGGCCAGACGCCGUUAGACGUGGCCGCGCCCAUCCUGUUCAAUUUGACGAUGCAGCCGUGGCGCGUCAAUGCAAGGCGGCUGCUGCGGUUGUUUGACGAGGAGGUAUUAGGUCAGAAGCCCGUCGUGCAGCACAUGCUGUUCGGCGAAUUGCUACGAGCGGACUGGGAUUCGAACACGGGCCCGUCCGAGGAGUCGGAGCGUUUGAUGAGGAUGAAGGCGGUCAUGGACGCCGCCAAUCGGAAGCUGGGGAUCGGCUCGUAA